AUGGUGCGACCAAUACCCGCUGUUGGCCUCGCUUCGGCAUUGGUUCAAAUAAUUGACUUUACUAUCAACACGCUGCGCAAAGACCAUCCUAUCUUUCAACCUAGCGACCCAUCAACAACGCCCGUGGAGAAUGCUGCAUUUCUCCAGGAUCUAGUACAGAACUUGUAUCGCCUAAUCGAUCUCAUCGAUCAGUCUGAACUCAAGAAGAUACACGAUGAGAAGAGCGCCAACAAGGCUGCGAAGAAAUUGAGCGAAGCGGCACAACAGCUUCUAAAACUCAGUGACCAGACCAAGGAACUCACCACCUCGCUCAUCGAUGCGCUCAUAGCAGCGCAAACAAGAGGUAGCUUUGGCGACCCAAGAUGGGGUACGGCGAGAGAAGCAUUGACGAACGGCGUGUGGAAACAGGGCGAUGUCACAGGAGCCAAGAAGAAAUUUCGCGCGUUACGGAGGGAGGUCGAAACUGCUCUCCUUCUCGCUUUGCGCCAGUAUCUGGACCAAUCCGCUGAGAGUGGACUUCCUGUCUUUACCGCCGAGGACUCAGGGCGCUUGCAUCACUGGGAGAAAUGGCAGAAUACCGCCCUAGACGCUAUCCAUGCAAAUGAUUGGAAACAUAACAAGAAGAAGAACGUCGAAGAGUUCUCGAAACAGGUCGAUACGCUAAUUCAAGCGGAGAAAGAAGCGCACUUUUGUGAAACAAUGUUCAAGUUGUUGUGGUUUGAAGAGCUGGACGAUAGGUUGAAUAGCAUUGCGAAGCCAUUAGGCAACGGCUUUGAAUUCGUAUUCGGAGAAAGUCAGCAGCAAGUGGGCGGGCUGUUGGAGUGGUUUGGGAGUUCGAGGGGAGAAGGGCUGUAUUGGGUGACUGGCAAGCCUGGCUCCGGCAAAACUACACUGAUGAAGCAUCUUUUCCGCAAUCCGCGUAUCUUUUCUAGCCUCGAAGCGUGGUCCGGCCCAACUCCGGGCAUUACCUCUGGCUUCUUCUUUUGGGGCUGCGGAAAUGAACUGCAGAAAUCAUCAGUCGGUCUGCUACGCACAAUUCUCUAUGAGUCGCUCCAAGACAUGGUAUUUGGUCCCCUCGAACAAGGCCAGGAUGUUAUUCAGUGGCUCUUUACGGACCGCUGGAACCAGUUUACUUCCUACGGCGGCGGGCUACACGAGUUCUCGUUCCCUGAAUUACGACGCGCGUUCGAGGUCAUGGUCUCUGACGUCUCCAAGAAGUUUCUAUUCCUGAUUGAUGGGUUGGACGAGAUGGAUGAGUAUCCCAAUGAACUCAUAGACAUGAUCCUCAGUGCUACGAAGAAGGACCACAUCAAGAUUUGUGUUUCGAGCCGCGAGUCGGCUAUCUUCCUGACCGCUUUUGAACAAAGACCGCGCUUGGUGGUGAACGAGCAUACUGAUGACGAUAUUCAAGCAUAUGUUAAGAGCACAUUCAACCGAGAGAUCAAACUAGAAAAAUUGCGCGGAAAGAGAGACGGCGAGAAAGAAACGAGUAUCGUUAGCACGCUGGCUAAGAAAGCCUCCGGGGUGUUUCUUUGGGCUACACUGAGUACCGCUUUCCUGCUGCUAGGACUCCAGGAAGGAGACGACUUCCUCGUACUGAAAGACCGCGCGGACGCCCUACCGUACCAGCUAGACGACUUACUGCCGCACAUCCUAGAUAAGGUCGAAAUCACCGAUCUUGAGGCAAUAUGGAAAGUUCACGUGCUACUCCAAAAACACAGUUACCCGGGUAUUCUACCACUCUCCUUUGCACUCACGGCGGAAAUACCCGCUACCUUCGCAGCCGACGUGCGCCCUCUGAAACCUGUGGAAAUCACAAAGCGCAUCGACGACAUGCACACGCUACUCACACAACAAUGCAAAACCCUCGUCACAAUUUACAACACAGGUCCCCCAGAGCAACUCGGCAUUGACGAAAGCCCAGACAAUCUGAAAGUGACAUAUACGCACCGCGCGAUCCGCGAUUACCUCUUCUCGCAACCCGAGCUGUUCAGCAAAAUCCCUACCAACGCCAGCACCUUAUUCGCCGAGCAACAGUGGGCAAAUGCACAUCUUUGGACGCUCAAAACACUUGCUCUACCUCUCCUCUCCCCGUCCAGCUCCGACGCCAUCGUGCCCUUGCGGAUCUGGACGCCGCUCUCCCGCGCGUUAGAAGCCAGUCUCACAUUAUGCGCCGAGACGAAGAAACUGCCACUGACGUACAUGCAUGCUGCGCUCUCGACGGCGAUAUUCUUGCAUUUAAAGAGUGAGACGGGGUCGGAUCUGCCGUACUUCCCCGGCCCCUUGUCCUCCUCCUCUUCUUCCUCUGCGACAUCUGCUACUAGUCUCACCACAGCACUUGAUCUCGCUGUCCUGCUCAAUCUGCAGGGAUACGUGGCGGUCAAAGCGAAAGGUGCAGAGAGGAAGGAUGUUAGGCAUGCUAUUGAGUUUAAUCGCGAGAUGCGGAAGAGGCUAGGCGCGGGCGGGGAGGCGAGAUGGUUUGGAACCGGCGGUGGUGGAGUGGGAAAGGGGAACGAAGGGAAGUUGAAAGCGGAGUAUGGGAGGGUGCGGACGGAGAUGGACGCGUUGCUGGAGUAUUAUGCCAAGGCGGUGCGGUUUGGGACGCCGAAGCCGCAUGUUGAUGUGCCGGAGUACGUGUAA